AUGGUUCAUUUAGGUCCAAAAAAACCACAAGCCAGAAAGGGCUCCAUGGCUGAUGUGCCAAAGGAAUUGAUGCAACAAAUUGAAAAUUUCGAAAAAAUUUUUACUGUUCCAACUGAAACCCUACAAGCUGUUACCAAGCAUUUCAUUUCGGAAUUGGAAAAGGGUUUAUCCAAGAAGGGUGGUAACAUCCCAAUGAUUCCAGGUUGGGUUAUGGAUUUCCCAACUGGUAAAGAAUCUGGUGAUUUCUUGGCCAUUGAUUUGGGCGGUACCAACUUGAGAGUUGUCUUGGUCAAAUUGGGCGGUGACCGUACCUUUGACACCACCCAAUCUAAGUACAGAUUACCAGAUGCUAUGAGAACUACUCAAAAUCCAGACGAAUUAUGGGAAUUUAUUGCUGACUCUUUGAAGGCUUUUAUUGAUGAGCAAUUCCCACAAGGUAUCUCAGAACCAAUUCCAUUGGGUUUCACCUUUUCUUUCCCAGCUUCUCAAAACAAAAUCAAUGAAGGUAUCUUGCAAAGAUGGACUAAGGGUUUUGAUAUUCCAAACAUUGAAAACCACGAUGUUGUCCCAAUGUUGCAAAAGCAAAUCACCAAGAGAAACAUCCCAAUUGAAGUUGUUGCUUUGAUAAACGACACUACAGGUACUUUGGUUGCUUCGUACUACACCGACCCAGAAACCAAGAUGGGUGUUAUUUUCGGUACUGGUGUCAAUGGUGCUUACUACGAUGUUUGUUCCGACAUCGAAAAGCUACAAGGAAAACUAUCUGAUGACAUUCCACCAUCAGCUCCAAUGGCUAUCAACUGUGAAUAUGGUUCCUUCGAUAACGAACAUGUCGUCUUGCCAAGAACCAAAUAUGAUAUCACCAUCGAUGAAGAAUCUCCAAGACCAGGUCAACAAACCUUUGAAAAAAUGUCUUCUGGUUACUACUUGGGUGAAAUUUUGCGUUUGGCUUUGAUGGACAUGCAAAAGCAAGGCUUCAUUUUCAAGAACCAAGACUUGUCCAAGUUCGACAAACCUUUCGUCAUGGACACUUCUUACCCAGCCAGAAUUGAAGAAGAUCCAUUUGAAAACUUAGAAGAUACUGACGACUUGUUCCAAAACGAGUUCGGUAUUAACACCACUGUUCAAGAACGUAAAUUGAUUAGACGUUUAUCUGAAUUGAUUGGUGCUAGAGCCGCUAGAUUGUCCGUUUGUGGUAUUGCUGCUAUCUGUCAAAAGAGAGGUUACAAGACCGGCCACAUCGCUGCAGAUGGUUCCGUUUACAACAGAUACCCAGGUUUCAAAGAAAAGGCUGCCAAUGCUUUGAAGGACAUUUACGGCUGGACUCAAACCUCACUAGACGACUACCCAAUCAAAAUUGUUCCUGCUGAGGAUGGUUCUGGUGCUGGUGCCGCUGUUAUUGCUGCUUUAGCCCAAAAGAGAAUUGCUGAAGGUAAGUCUGUUGGUAUCAUCGGUGCUUAA